AUGAACUUAAAAUCAAUACGUCUUCAACUAAACAACAUUUUGACCAUGGCAAUGGUUUUAGCAGGCUCCUUUGCCGUGUGGAAAGGAUUAGCAGUUGUCACCAAUUCGGCGUCUCCACUCGUGGUGGUGUUGUCUGGCUCUAUGGAACCUGCAUUUCAAAGAGGUGAUAUUCUGUUUCUUUGGAACAGAGAGGAGUUUGUGAAUGUUGGUGACAUUGUGGUCUAUAAUGCUCCUCAGAGAGAUAUUCCGAUUGUCCAUCGUGUGGUUAGAGAACACAUUGUUGAAGAGAAGCCAACUAAAUUGAAGAACAAGAAUGUCAACAGUGCAACUUCAAAGAAAACACAGCAGUAUUUACUUACAAAGGGUGAUAAUAAUGAACGUGAUGAUUUGCCGUUAUACGGUUACGGAAAGUCAUAUUUGAAUAGGGAGAAAGAUAUAGUGGGUAACGUCAAAGGGUACCUUCCUAAGGUCGGUUAUGUUACGAUCCUCAUAACCGAGAACGUUUAUUUCAAGUAUGCUAUGUUUGGAUUCCUUGCCAUUUCAGCUCUAUUUACACAAGAGUAG